GACUUUUCCCUGACUACGAAGCAAAUGCGAAGCGCACACUUUGUGGGAAUGCUGUCCACUUGUUUGAGGUAGGGAAUAAAGACCACAAGCAACCUUAUUAUGAGGGAUUAAACCUUCCAUAAAUAGCCUUAUAGCUUUAAUAAAAGCUUCUUCGGGAAAGGGGAAACUGAACUGAGAGAGAAGGUAAGAAUGCUCGUGCAGACAGGGUGAAGGCAGCCAGAAAGCAGGGACUGCAUGCAUUGGGCAUGAGUGGGUCUGCCUGUACCAGAGCCUGGCAGGUAGUGCCUGGGGAACAGAGGGUACAUGAGAGCCAAAGUGGAAUGAGGUGCUUGUAGCAGGAUGAGGAAUUCUUUUUGGGUUCCCUGAGCUGUAAACCCCAGCCCAUGCUAUACCAAUUGUGGUUUCUCAUGGGCAUCUCAGUGAUCUAAUCCAGUUGUGCGUGUGUUUUCAUGGUCCUCAGCUUGCUAAUUGAUUUGAUUUUAGCUGCAGACUCAAGCAAAACAAUAUUUGUCAUGCUUUGAAAAACCCCUGUGCCACUCAAACACUUCCUUUACCGACAUUAGCCUGUGGGUUCCUUGAAAUAUUAUUAUUAUUAUUAUUAUGAGACUAAGAUCUAAAGCUAAAAUUAAUAAAGGGACUUAAUUUAGAUCUGAUAUCCAGAAGCCGUUUUUCAGAUCAGGAACAUGAAACUCAUGCUGAGCCUGACACCAUGCAAAAAGAACACGGUUAGGGGAGUUAUGGACAGCAAGAUAAAACUAAGGAUGUUUGAGGUGGCAAUAAGAGAUACCUCUGCAAAUCCCAUUGCUAUGUUAAAAGUAAAACCUUGCAUUACUAUAAGUUUACCCCAUUGCUACUCGCACCCUUCGUUUGAUAAACAGAGGGUAUCUGAUAUACGGAUGGAUAUGUAUCCACUCAGAAGCAAUCACUGAUGAAGACCAAGAAGAACCAAGCCUUGUCACAGAUGUUAUCUGGUUUGCUUAUGCAAAUACUAAAAUAUUUGAGGGAUAUCAGCUGAAGGUGUUCGCUGCAGGGCCGAAGUCUGGAAACACUUAAGCAAAGGGUGACCCAGCAGCUGUGGAAGUCAAUGGAAACUGACUUGACUCCAGUGGAAAGUGGCUGAAAAGUUUUAGUCACAGUAGUAGUUCUGCUCGAGGAAAGUUAUUUGUUUGCCCAGACUGUUCCCCGUGCUGCAGACUGCAAGGGUCAGGAAAGGUUUACACAAGCCCUGAGACUGCAUGGGCCGGGGAGGGGGGGAGCAGAAGUGUGCCCAUUCACAGGGGUAGCGUGUCCCAUGGAUGCACACCCUGUGCUGCUGCCCCUUGGCUCCCACAUCCAGCAGCAGAGCAAGCAAAGCACAGGAUGUGAAUGCGGCUGGAAAUGCUGAGCUCUAAGCGACAGUGCAGCACAAAGACUCCAGCCCUGCCCUUGGCAGAAAACCAGGUGUGUUGAACAGCCCCCCGCAGGCUGCAGAUAAAUGCCCGCCUAUGCCGCCAGCAUUCCUUGAAAACUUAUAUUGUUGCUGGAAAGAGAGGUGGAAACCUUUGUCAGCAUUGCCUUUUCAGAAUGCAGCCGGUGAGCCAACAGAUGGGUCCAUUUCUGCAGGGCUCUGGUGCAUCAUCCUUUAUAAAUGGGAGUCACCUUUGUGAUUUUCCAUGUACCGGGAGAAGUGUUUUGGCCUCUGCCAAAGGCCAGCGUGCAGGCUGACACAGCCACCCCUCUUAACCUGACAGCUGAGCCCUCCCCACAGCUGCUUUUUGAAGGUGAAACUCUCUUCUGAUCCAGGUUUGCUGAUGGCAUUGCAGGGCUGUGCUACAGACAUACUUUGACAUUAAAGGGUGGAAAGCGGAGUAGGGUAGCAGCAGCCACAGCCCUCUUGCUGUCUUACUGCCUGCCUGCUGCACUCAGAACCUCCUCCUAAAUCCUUGGCCGGCGGCACAGCUGCUGAUGGAAAAGGGUCCAUUGAUGCCCAUUGGUGGCAAGGUAACACCUCUUGUGUGUGUGCAUAAUGCCCAAACCACACCAACAGGAAGAAUUACACUGUAUGCAGAGAUGGGCUUUACUGCAGAAAAAGUGGUGCCCUCUGCUUUGCAGUUGAGCACCUGCUGAGAAAAGUCAAACAGACCCAAGCUGCACCUGGAUGGGUUUGCUGCCUGCAGUGUAUUGCUUUCGCACCUCCAGCUAGCAAGGCCGUGGUCAGGCAAUGUUUUCUUUGAAGAUGAGCACAUGAACGGGACUUUGCUGGGCUGAUGGUCCACCCCCGGGGAGGUGGAAAUACGCAGCUCCCACCUCCUGGUGAGGUUUGCUGGCUGCAAGGAGGGCUGAACGCUGCUCCUCGGGCUCUGCCUUCUGCUUGACCAACGCCUGUGCUUUGCAGAGGUGCGCCUGGCACGGAGCCUGACAGCUCAGCACUCUCCACAUUAAAGUCCAUGGAAAAAGGGUUUACAUCACUGACGCUUUAACCACACCGUUAUAAAAUCCCCGAAGCCCCACCCUUCCUUACAUCCCUGAGAGGAAUGACUCCGAAACACUUCAGCUUUUCCAUUACUUCUCCUGCCUGGGGACGCGUUGCUGAGGCCCGCCUGCAGAUGGAGUGGCUGUCACUGCUGUUAGCCCUGGCCUUGGGAUGCUAUCGUGAGUGAAAAUCAGGAGGAGAGCCAAGCCUGCCCAAGGGGUGCGGGACCCUCAUUCUGCAUGGAUGCACCUCAAAAUGGUUUUGAUGGGCCUGACUACAUAGAAGACUCCUCGCCCUGCAGCUGCUGAGUGAUUGAAUUAAAGCAGGCUGGAGAACCACAGUGUGUGAGAUCUACAACAUCUGCUCCUUCACGGUGAGGACGAGCUCCCUGCACUCAGGGCCCAGCAGUUACAGCGUGGGCACCAUGUCGGAGCGCUUUGACUGCCACUACUGCCGCGACUCGCUGCAAGGCAAGAAGUACGUGCAGAAGGAGGGCCGCCACUGCUGCGUCAAGUGCUUUGAGAAGAUCUGUGCCAACACCUGCAUCGAGUGCAAGAAACCCAUUGGCGCUGACUCCAAGGAGCUGCAUUUCAAGAACCGUUACUGGCAUGACAGCUGCUUCCGCUGCUUCAAGUGCUACACGUCCUUGGUCAAUGAGCCCUUCAUGCUGAGGGAGAACAACAAGGUCUGGUGUAGCAACUGCACUGCCACUGACGAGGCACCCAGGUGUAAGGGCUGCUUCAAGCCUAUCAUCGCAGGAGACCAAAACGUUGAAUACAAGAAGAUGGUCUGGCAUAAGGACUGCUUUACUUGCAGCCAGUGCAAGCAAGUGAUUGGAUCUGGGAGCUUCUUCCCAAAGGGUGAUGAAUUCUACUGUGUCUCCUGCCACGAGCACAAAUUUGCCAAGACCUGUGCUAAAUGCAAGAAUCCCAUCACUUCUGGAGGUCUCACUUACCAGGAACAGCCUUGGCAUUCCGAGUGUUUCAUUUGCUCCAACUGCAAGAAGCAAUUGGGUGGGAAGCGUUUUACAGCUGUAGAGGAUCAGUUUUACUGUGUUGAGUGCUACAAGGAAUGUGUUGCCAAGAAGUGUGCUGGCUGCAAGAAUCCGAUUACAGCAGGAUUUGGAAGAGGAACCAGUGUGGUUAACUACGAAGAUGAAUCCUGGCAUGAUUACUGUUUCAAAUGCACAAAGUGUGCCCGUGGUCUGGCCAACAAGCGCUUUGUUUGCCAUAAUGGAAAAAUUUACUGUGCUGAGUGUCCCAAACGACUGUAAGGAACAGACAGCAAGUGAUUUAAAAAGGAUUUUAAAGCCCCGCUUUUCAAAAUAGUCCUGGUAAAGGUGCAGGUUUUGCAUGUUAAGAGUUUUACCUUUUUCAAUAGCAUAAAAACAACUAAAAUAGCGUGAAUAUACUGGGUUUGAGUUUUGAAGCUCCUGCAGCAAGAAAGCACGUCCUGUUGCAAAAAGCUAACCUUGCCUUCAAGUAACUAUUAGUUUAAAGGCUUGAAAUGACAUUUAGAUGUUAGCAUUAGAAAAAUCCAAAUACUACCAUAUUCUGUGUGUGGUUUAAACUAAAACAAAGCUAGUUUAAAACUUGUCUAAUAUAGGUUUGAAGCUUGGUGCUUACAAGAAGCGGUUUUGACGAGGCAUGCACCUCAGAAAGGGAGAUGCAGACAUUGCACCAAAGAUCAGAGAGAUCCAUUACUGUCCUUUUGCAAGUACAGGUACAUUGCAUAUACCACACUAUGAACAGCAGCUCAAUAAUAAGUACCUUUGCUUAUUUACCAUGCCAAAUUGCAACAAGCAUAUGGAGUGGCUUUAUCUUACAAACAUAUAACAACAAUUUAGCAUUAGUUACGUUUCCAUAAACUUGUUUUGUUUCUGACUUCUGCAUGGUUUGCCCUAAAGUUUUGCUCACCAGCCUUUUUUUUAUAUCAUGUUUAAAUAAGGUUGUCUACAUCCAAUUAUUAAUCCACUAAUAAGCAACUCUUUCAACUAUUGCAGAAUGCACGUGCAUUUAGAAGUGCCUUAACAAUAGCACAGACAACCACAGCUCUCCUAUCAUGUCAGUGUAUGUUUUAUGAUUUAAUAAAGACGAGACUAGUGCCUGCCUGGA